ACGUCAUUGUUGGGGGAAUUUUCAAGAUGGCGCUGGACUGUGGCAGGAAUGCCGCUACAGCAACAAACUAAACGCAGAGGGAUUUAAUUAAUCUUUCCACCGGUGGCGCAUAAAACUCCGCUAGAAGGGGGAAAUUUUAACGCGUGGAAGGCGGACAUGAAGCUGUUACAGUCGGCGCAGGCGAGGUAACGCUGAAGGAUACCCGGCUAAAAUGGUAGCCCCGUCCUCCAAGAACAACAGAACCUGCUGGAGCUCGGCCGAAGGGGCCGGACGACUCGUCGCAGGAAUUGACGCCCGGGUCCGAGCCGCGCUUAGCGACUGAGUGACCAUGGACACGACGACAGAGAACGGAGGGUCGUUUGCUGUCGACCUUAAUGAUAACGAAGAGGAAAGCGGAGUUGGAGAAGUAGCGGGGAAAGCAGGUCACAGAUCCGCACUGAAAGGGCGCAGCCUCGCGCUGCUCGCCGGUGUCAGCGGGGAUCAGGAAGCGGAGAAGGCUCGGACUUCUGUGACCAGUAACGGGGGGGGUGUAAACACGGCCGCCCCGGUACAGCCGCCUCCACACAGCACCGACAUUAUUUUGGAUUUGGAGGGCUGCCUCUCUGGACGCUUGGCUGACAGCUGUGUGGUUUCUGGCGUUUGUGGCGACCUGAACGGAUUUACUGAGUCAGGCGGUCAGGAGGGGGGAGGAGAAGGACUCCCCCUCACGGGAACCACAGCUGCUUCAUGUCCUGCUGGACUCCGGGAACUGGUUUCAGCUGAGGAGGACGGACAGAGGCAGGAGGACCCCGAAGGAGAGACCCGGGACUGCGGCAGCUGCAUCAGGACUCAUCUCCCCCCCGAUCGGCUGCCAUGCACCGCGGCUGGGGAUGUAAACAUGCCCAACGGGGGUGUUGAUAGCCCGGCUCACAGCAGUCCUGAUGGGGACACCACUUACUGGAAACAGACCCAGGUUCAGGACCAGAGACUCAGUUUGAGCGACGUGGACUGUGAGCAAGUUAAAUUAGCCAACGGUGGUUUGCAUGUCGUGAAAAGCGAAACCCUCCCGGAUGAUUUGUCCUUUCACUGGGGGGCAGCGGAAGAAAAGAGGCCCGGGUGGGGUCACUGUCUGGGCAGCGGGCCGCCGGGUUCGCUGUGCCCGGGGCAGGAUGCGCCAGCUGCGGCCAGGCGCCCUCACCUCCCCGCCCCAGGAUCAAGUGCCAACCUCCCACAUUCCUGCCCGUCGACCCAGUCCGACAGCCUGCCGCAGUCCGAGCCCAUCACCGGGGAGGACGAGGAGGAUUUCUCCGACCUGUGUUUCCCGGUCCGGCCUCACAGUCUCCGGACCAACCCGAACCACGCGAUGUCCCUCAGCUGCGACGCCACCCCGCUGUCCGCUGACGAGGAUGGGGGGUAUUAUUUAGAGGAUGGGGGGUACGAGGAAGACCUCCGGAACGUAUUGGAGGCGGGUCGGCGGCAGAGCGCCCCGGACAAGCUGCCAGACCUGACCGGAUCGGACGGGAAGAUGUUACCAAAGAGGUUCGGCUUAGCUGAUUUCUUCACCAGGAGCUUGUUUUCUAGGAAAUCCAAAGAGCCCAAGGCAGCGUCCCACAAUGCAUCAGGGUGGCGCCUGUUUGGGAAGACGGCGGCCACAGAGGACGAAGAGACGUCCACCAACACGCAGGAGGAGGAGGUGGAUUUGUCCUCGUGUCCUCAGCGUCCCCUGGUGGCUGCAAGGAGGAAGAACCUGGAAUUCGAGCCUCUGUCUACCACAGCUCUCAUCCUGGAGGACCGACCAUCGAACCUGCCGGCCAAGUCUAUGGAGGAAACUCAGAGACAUAAACUGGAGUACGAGGAGAUGGUGGCUGGAGCAAAGAAGAGAGAGAUGAAAGAUGCCCAGAAGAAGAAGCGCCAGAUGAAGGAGAGACACCGACAUGAGGACAGCAUCUCCAGUGCCAUGGUCAUCUGGAACACAGAGAUCCUGCCACACUGGGACACCGUGAAGGGGACGAGGCGGGUCAGGGAGCUGUGGUGGCAGGGUCUUCCUCCUAGCGUCAGAGGAAGAGUGUGGAGCCUCGCCAUCGGCAACGAGCUGAACAUCACACCAGAGCUGUACGAGAUCUUCUUGUCCAGAGCCAAAGAGAAGUGGAGGAGUUACAGCGAGACCAGCUCGGUCAACGACAGCGAGAGCGAUGGAGGAGCGUCCCUGGCUGACCGAGAGUCCAGUCUGGACCUCAUCAAGCUGGACAUUUCCAGAACUUUCCCCUCUCUCUUCAUCUUCCAGAAGGGCGGGCCGUACCACGACCUCCUCCACAGCGUGCUGGGAGCAUACACCUGCUACAGACCCGACAUCGGCUACGUCCAGGGCAUGUCCUUCAUCGCUGCUGUUCUCAUCCUCAACCUGGAGGAGGCUGAAGCCUUCAUCACCUUCGCCAACCUGCUCAAUAAACCGUGUCAGAUGGCCUUCUUCAGAGUCGACCACGAGCUGAUGUUGAAGUAUUUUUCAGCCUUUGAGAUUUUCUUUGAGGAGAAUCUUCCGCGUCUCUUCUGCCACUUCCAGAGCAACAGCCUGACCCCCGACCUCUACCUGAUCGACUGGAUCUUCACCCUGUACAGCAAGUCCCUCCCUCUGGACGUGGCGUGCCGGGUCUGGGAUGUGUUCUGCCGGGACGGCGAGGAGAGCUUGUUCCGGACGGGUCUGGGGAUCCUGCGUCUCUACGAGGACAUCCUGCUGCAGAUGGACUUCAUCCACAUCGCUCAGUUCCUCAGCCGCCUGCCCGAAGAUCUGCAGUCUCAAACGCUCUUCAACGCCAUGGCAACCACGCACAUGAUCAGCCGGACCCGCCGCUGGGCUCAGGUCUUCUCUGCUCUGAUGAAGGAUGGAAAUAAAGAGGUGGAGAAGAACAGCAGCCCAGCACUGAGAAGCUAACGUCGGCCGGAGCUUCAGAGACCCGAGUCCUUAUGUCCUCCAGGAUCAGCUGACCGGUUGUCUCCAGAAGUCUCCACGUUGGGACGCCGCUAACGGCGAGCGUGGAGCUCUAAAUCUUACGGAACCCUUGGUGCUAAAGAUGUUCUAAGAGCUCCAGAAACCCCAGCGUUCCACUGGGUUCUGUCCUCUAGACCUGCAGACGAGGGACCAGGUUCAGGCUGCAGCUGCCACAGGUGACUGAGGGAGGGUCACAUGUUCCAACAGGUGGAGAAGAUGCUGAAUUUGAUAGACUGGAGGACUUUCCAGCUGCAGCUUCACGUUGGAGUUCUUCUUCAGGUUCAGACGAAAACUUUCAGCCGGUUCUUCAGUCUGAAGAAUCACGAGAACAAAAGUAUUAACUAGAAACGACUAAAAGCUGAGAACGAACCACUCCUCCCGGACCGGACCGUCUCCAGGACAGAUGCUGGAUCGGGAUCCAGACCGUCUCCAGGACAGGUGCUGGAUCGAGAUCCAGACCGUCUCCAGGACAGAUGCUGGAUCGGGAUCCAGACCGUCUCCAGGACAGAUGCUGGAUCGAGAUCCAGACCAUCUUCAGGACAGAUGCUGGAUCGGGAUCCAGACCGUCUCCAGGACAGAUGCUGGAUUUGAACGCAUUUGAAAGAGACCUUGCACAUUCAGAUCCACCUCCAGGUCCAGGUCUGGUCCAGGUCUGGACCUCCAACACUAGGCCUACUUGUUGCUGCAGGAGAAAACUGGACUUUUGCUUUUUAAAUUAAAUGGAACUUUUUUUUUUUUUGCUUAUUCCUGUCAGGAAUUCUCCCGGUUCCCACUUUUCCAGACUGUUUCUUCUUCUCUGUUUUUCAGCACUUAUAAAGACUUCGUAUGCGAGGAGCUGAAACUCUGUGGUUCUGGUUUUUAAUAACAAGCACUUUGAGUUUAUUCCUUUAUUUAAACAGAUUCAUGAAGUUGGUAAACGACAGCUCCGCCAUGGAGCGCUCUGAUCCCGGACGUCCCACCGCUGCCGGGAAGCGUUUCUUCAUCCAAGUGGAGCCACAGACAGACGUCCCCAACGCAGACAGAAGGUCCAGGUUCAGAUCCACCUUCAGGUCUACAGGAGAAGAGCUCGUCUACAUAGAGUUAACGUUGGGAAGAACACGGAGACAUGGAAGAUGAAUCCUGACUGAUCUCAUAUCUGCAGAAAUAAAUAACGUGCAAUAAAGUCUUUGUUGAUAAAACUUCA